GAGCAUAUCUCUACAACCUGUCAGUCAUAAGGACCCAGAGGAAGAAUUGCCAGAAACACGAUCCAUCACCAUCUCUCAGAUGUUUGCCAAAGCCACAAAAGCCUUCGUGAAGGACACAGAUCAUGCGGGACACCUGAUCCCUGUGUCCAGUCUGAAUGACACAGACAAACUGAAUCUCCGAUCACUCAUUGUCAAGACCAGGCACAGAUGCUUCUGGCAGGAACCCAAAUACCAGUCCCCUGGCUUUACCCUCGGUGAUGUUCUGGAGCCUGGAGAGCCUGGAAACACACCUUUAAGCCCAACUGUCAAGGAGUCUGACUUUGUGGACUACAGUGGGACAUUUGGUGACAAGAAAGAAAUGAAUGCAGAUGGAAACUUGGAGGCAAAGUUGGCUGAUUUCAACCUGACCGUGGAAGGGAAAUGGUCCACCAAACAGAAGCUGUCCCUUGGCAGCCUGAACAAAGAGAAGGUUGAUGUGAAGGACUUACACAACUACUCAAAAAACAGAGUUCUGGACAUGUCCCAUCCUGUGAUCAAGCAGACCCGUGCGAAUCCCAGGGCAGUGCUAGGCGUCUUGACGGAGAGGAUUAUGACGUCACUACCUUGCCCGGUCACAAACAAUGUCCUUAAGCAUGGCAAUGUAGGAGCCAACGUGAGCGCCUGUGUGUUCCUGAGCGGGAAGGCCUCUAUGAAGCAGAGCGGCAGUACUCAGACAGAUAGUGAUGUGUCACUGGGUAUUCCUGCAAAUACUGUCAUGGCCUACAGUCUGAUUGAACUCUACGUCAAAUGCAAUGGACAGUUUGAGCUGUGCCUCAUCUGCAACAAUGGGGGCUUUGAAAUAGAUAAGUCAAAGGAGGGGUUGGAAGUAGAUGGAUUUAUGGACCAGGGAGGCGACUUUGAUACCAACAGUCCCCUAAAUCUGAACAAAGAACUGGAGAAACUGAGUGGUCAUUUCCAGCUGCUGUCAGUCCUGCCGGUGGCCAAACGCUCCUCUCUGCUCCAGCUCCUCAAGACAACCAUGGAGGACAGAGAGGCAGUCAGUGUGCUGGAGAGUGUGCUGGAUCAGUUGUGUGAAGGUGAGACUCCUGACCUGGGUGACCUGGAAGAGCCUGAGAGGGAGACAGUCCAGGCCAUACUGGAUCUUGUAGACCAAUGUGUUGGGAAGGAUGAGGACGAGAUCAGAUCCUCACUUCUCAGUGCCGUCCACCUCAUUGUCAGUGCCAUGGACGGAAUGACAGAUGAAGGUCUCUCUGUGUUGGGAUCCUGUUGCAGUCCUCCAGUCUUACAGGCCCUGCAGAUCCUGGUGCAGCAUGUGGCAGCAGGGAGUGGGGAGACCCUCUCUCUGAGAGAUGCUGGUCUGGCUGUUCUGACUGAGGAGGAGCUGUAUCAGAGGACAGAGAGUCUCUUUGGUCUCUUUAAAGUUACACUGAAGAGAGAGGAGGACACACUGAGGACAGAGAUGAAGGACCAGCCUGGAUACCUUCCUCUAGUCAUGAGUAUCACUGUGAAAGGCCUAUUUAGUUUAAGCUGAGAGAGAGGCAGAGAGUCAUGGACUAGAAUCCCACACGCAGAUUCUAAACAGACGUUGAACUGAAAAACAACUAUUUCCAUUGAUUGUUAAUUCCCUGCAUUGUGUAUUUAUCUUCGAAUAUUCUUACAUAAUAUUUUGUGAGUGUGAUGUUUACUGUUCAUUUGUUAUUGUUUAUUUAAAUUUGGUUUAUUAUCUAUUUCACUUGCUUUGGCAAUGUAACAGGUAUGCACGCAUGACUGUAAGUUGCUUUGGCAAUGUAACAGGUAUGCACGCAUGACUGUAAGUUGCUUUGGCAAUGUAACAGGUAUGCACGCAUGACUGUAAGUUGCUUUGGCAAUGUAACAGGUAUGCACGCAUGACUGUAAGUUGCUUUGGCAAUGUAACAGGUAUGCACGCAUGACUGUAAGUUGCUAUGUAACAGGUAUGCACGCAUGACUGUAAGUUGCUUUGGCAAUGUAACAGGUAUGCACGCAUGACUGUAAGUUGCUUUGGCAAUGUAACAGGUAUGCACGCAUGACUGUAAGUUGCUUUGGCAAUGUAACAGGUAUGCACGCAUGACUGUAAGUUGCUUUGGCAAUGUAACAGGUAUGCACGCAUGACUGUAAGUUGCUUUGGCAAUGUAACAGGUAUGCACGCAUGACUGUAAGUUGCUUUGGCAAUGUAACAGGUAUGCACGCAUGACUGUAAGUUGCUUUGGCAAUGUAACAGGUAUGCACGCAUGACUGUAAGUUGCUUUGGAUAAAAGUGUCUGCUAAAUGGCAUAUUAUGAAACUUGUCAAUCCUGUUUGAACCAUUCAGUAUUUUACUCCUGCACUAGUUGAGCUACAGAACUAGUGAACAACAGUGAAUGUAUCCUUGUAAUGUUUUCAGUAAAGUUCAACAAACGAUA